AUGACCCAGAAACCUGAGCUGGCGAAAGACUCGCAAGUCGAAGAGAAUGCAUCUCUUGUUCGAUUCAGUGGCCCUGACGACCCGGAUAUGCCACUGAACUGGCCCCUGAACAAAAAAAUUAUUACUACCGCAAUGUAUGGAUUUACUACAAUGGGUGCUACUCUUGCCACUGCCAUUAUUUCUCCAACUUCCAAAGCUCUCCAGAAAGAAUUUGGGAAAAGUGAACCAGUCGUGACGCUCACUGUUAGUUUAAUGAUGGUUGGAUUUGCGGUUGGGCCCAUGGUUUGGGCUCCUCUGUCAGAAUUAUUCGGAAGAAAAUACACCGUGGCAAUCCCAUAUUUUAUAUCAGGGCUAUUUGCACUCGGCUGCGCAACAGCUAGCAAUAUCGAAACGCUUAUUAUCAUGCGUUUGUUCAUGGGCUUGUUUGGGUCAGCACCAGUUGCCAAUGGCGGUGGUGUGAUCGGUGAUAUAUGGACGCCACAACAGCGAGGGAUAGCCCUCGUGUUUUACUCAUUUUGCACGGCUAGCGGGCCGGUGCUUGGGCCAGUUGUAGGAGCUGCGCUACACGACAAGUGGAGGUGGACAGAAUAUCUCUGCUGCAUGUGGAUGCUCGUGAUGAGCAUGUUCGUCAUGCUGUUAUUAGACGAGACGUAUGCACCAGCUAUAUUGACUACCAAGGCACGGAGACUAAGAUUUGAGACUAAGAAUUGGGCACUGCAUGCACAACAUGAGGAGUGGCCAGUGAACUUGCAUGGCAUUACCGUGAAAUACCUCAUUCGACCGUUCCAGCUGCUGGGAAAUCUCACUUGCUUUCUAAUGGCCUUUUAUGGUUCCUUUGUCUUCGAGUUAUCGUACCUUUGCCUAGCAGCAAUCCCAGUCAGUUUUGGAGACCAUCGUGGCUGGCCACGUGUGUCCGCGGAACUCCCGUUCCUGGCGCUCAUGCUGGGAAUUGUGAUGGGGGGGCUCGCCAAUAUACUCAAUAGCCGCGGAUACGUUAAGAGGAUGAAGGCAAACAACGGUAAACCAGUACCAGAGGCAAGGCUGGUCACUAUGUUACCGGGUUCUGUCCUCUUAUGCGCUGGAAUUUUCCUCUUUGGCUGGACUGCAGCCAGCCCAGUCCAUUGGAUUGUCCCCUGCUUGGCGCUGGUCUUACUCGGUUUCGGGUUCCUAGUCAUCUUCCAAGGUUGCGUCAACUACCUCAUGGAUACUUUUCCGAAAUAUGCAGCUUCUGCGAUCUCAAUCACGACCUUCAUGCGAUCUAUCUUCGCUGCUGCAUCCGCUUUAUUCGGCAAUCCAAUGUUGGAGGCAAUGGGUGUUAGUUGGGGGAUCAGCAUCUUCGGCUUUAUCUCUGCUGUGAUGAUACCUGUUCCUUUUCUCUUUUACUUUUACGGUGCCCGAAUAAGGCAACGUAGCAUGAGUUCCGGACUUUUCGAUUCACAAUACUGA